UGUGACGUAACGAACCCAGACAGGAGAACCAUGUGGCCGGGCAUAAGACUGCUCCGCCGCCGUUUCAGCUCCCUAACGGCUCAGGGUCUGGUGUACGAGAAGCAUGGAGAGCCCGAGCAUGUGUUACGGAUGCAGGCUGUAGAUGUCAAGUCCCCUGAAGAUUAUGGUGUCAGAGUUAGAAUGUUGGCUGCUCCUAUUAAUCCAUCAGAUAUUAACAUGGUCCAAGGAACUUAUGCUCUGCUGCCCCAGUUACCUGCUGUGGGAGGCAAUGAAGGGGUUGGUGUAGUGGUGGAGUCUGGGAAACAUGUGACCUCAUUGCGGCCUGGGGAUUGGGUGAUCCCUGUGGAUGCUGGGUUGGGCACAUGGCGUACAGAGGGAGUGUUUAGGGAAGAAGUCUUGGUGCGUGUUCCCAGUGACAUCUCUAUAGCUGGAGCGGCCACUUUGAGUGUCAAUCCAUGCACGGCAUACAGACUGCUGUCUGAUUAUGAAACUCUUCGACCAGGUGACACGGUUAUACAGAAUGCCUGUAACAGUAGUGUGGGCCAGGCUGUUAUACAGAUUGCAGCAUCCCUGGGAAUCAAGACCAUAAAUAUUGUGCGUGAUAGAGCAGAUUUACAGAACCUUGUGCAAAGGCUUCACGACUUGGGAGCAGAUUACGUCAUCACAGAGGAACAACUCCGCAAACCAGAGAUGAAGGAUAUGUUUAAGUCAUGUCCCCGCCCUAGACUGGCAUUAAACUGUGUUGGAGGAAAGAACACAACUGAGAUGUUACGUCACCUAGACUACGGUGGCACUAUGGUGACAUAUGGAGGGAUGGCAAAGCAGCCUGUGACUGUCCCUGUGAGUGCACUCAUUUUUAAAAAUGUGAAGCUGUGUGGAUUUUGGAUUACCCAGUGGAAAAGAGAUCGAGCUAACAACCGGGAGGAAAUAACCAAGAUGAUUCGAGAUCUCUGCGAUCUUAUUCGCAGAGGAAAACUGGACCCACCACCUUGUACCGAAAGACCCCUGCAAGAUUUCCGUCAAGCUCUACGAGAUACUCAAACCCCUUUCCUUUCCCGUAAACAAAUCCUUUUUAUGUGACUGACUAUCUUUUAAACAACAAAUCUAGCAGGACAAAGAGGCAAUGGGAAAAUAAAAAGCAAUUGGUCUCCUAUAGUAAA